CUCGCAGGAAGAUCGUAGUCAACAUCAUCGACGGCGACAUGGGUGUCGACGACGUUGGUGCCGGCGUCAGGGAAGAGGAUAUAGAGGGAAAUGGCAGACCACAUGUCUGAUUGUCACAGCUUUAAUUACUGUUUCCCCUGUUCUGUCUAAAAAAAUUUUGGUAAGUAGUUUAAGAGAAAUAACUAAUAACGGCUAUGGAUUCACUGCAUGUUAGGUGUCAAAAACGUGGCUUAGCUACCAUCUGCCAUUUCACCUAAUCCACAGACUCUGAAAGAUAUGAUUUUUAAGGUCGAUCCUUCUUGACAAAGAGAGGGAGAGAUUAAGGAGGAUGGCAAAGGGCAUAGCUGAAGUGGGUAUUGAAGAAAUAGCCAAAGCUGGUGGUUUGACCAGGGAGGAAGCUAAGGAAAUCCAUGGUGUUAUCAGAGAAGCGAUUGCAGUAGCAGAAGCAAAAGGGUCUGACCCAAGCGAGGUGUGGCGGGAGGUGGUGGCCAGGAGGGUGCUGAAGCCAAGGCACCCACAUCCUCUGCAUCAACUGGUGUACUACUCUGUCUAUGCUCAUUGGGAUUCCUCCAUCAAUGGCCCCCCUCUUUACUGGUUCCCUUCCCUAUAUCAAUCUAAACUUACCAACCUUGGACGUAUAAUGGAAACUCAUGGUCCAAAGCUUUUAGGGACUUCAUACAAGGACCCUAUCACGAGUUUUAACCUCUUUAGAAAAUUCUUUGUUCAGCAUCCCGAGGCUUAUUGGUCAAUUAUUCUGAAAGAGCUUUCGAUUGUGUUUCGGGAAGCUCCAAAAUGCAUUCUAGAUAUUUCUGAUAAGUCAAAACCUGGAGGAACAUGGCUCCCAGGUGCAGUUUUAAACAUUGCUGAAUGCUGUUUAUUACCCUCAAAACAUCCAAGAAAAGAGGAUGAUAGUUGUGCUGUUGUAUGGAGAGAUGAAGGGUGUGAUGAUUCUGAAGUGAACCAUAUGACAUUAAAAGAACUUCGAGAACAAGUAAUGUUGGUGGCAAAUGCACUAGAUGCAACUUUUUCGAGGGGUGAUGCAAUUGCAAUUGACAUGCCAAUGACAGUCAAUGCGGUUAUCAUAUACUUGGCUAUUGUAUUAUCUGGACUUGUAGUAGUUUCAAUAGCUGAUAGUUUUGCAGCGAAGGAAAUUGCAACACGUCUACGAGUCUCCAACGCAAAGGCUAUCUUCACUCAGGAUUUUAUACAGAGAGGAGGUCGGAAGGUUCCUUUAUACAGCCGAGUUGUAGAAGCUGCACCAUAUAAAGCUAUUGUGCUCCCUGUAAGUGGGAGUGAUGUAGGCAUCAAAUUAAGAGAACAGGAUAUAUCAUGGAGGGACUUCCUUUCCAUUGUCAACCAACAUCCAAGACCAACUUAUUACCCUCCAGUUUAUCAACCAAUAGGCGCCACAAUUAAUAUACUCUUUUCAUCUGGAACCACAGGAGAUCCAAAAGCUAUUCCAUGGACACAACGUUCCCCAAUUAGCUGCUCUUCUGAUCAGUGGGCUCAUGCCAAUGUUGGAGUUGGAGAUGUUUUCUGCUGGCCCACAAAUCUAGGAUGGGUGAUGGGACCUGUUCUAAUGUUCUCAUGCUUUUUGACUGGUGCAACUCUUGCUCUCUAUAACGGUUCUCCUCUGGACCGUGGUUUUGGAAAAUUUAUUCAGGAUGCUGGAGUGACUAUUUUGGGUACAGUUCCAAGCUUAGUGAAAACUUGGAAGAGUACACACUGUAUGGAAGGCUUGGACUGGUCAAAGAUAAAAUCCUUUCCCAGCACUGGAGAAGUUUCCAAUAUUGAUGAUGACCUCUGGCUUUCUUCAAAGUCUUACUACAGCCCCAUUAUUGAAUGUUGUGGAGGCACAGAACUUGCAUCAGCAUAUAUCCAUGGGAGUCAACUGCAGCCACAAGCUUUUGGAGCAUUCAGUAGUCCAGCAAUGACAGUUGGAUUGGUCAUUCUUGAUGAACACGGAGUUCCUUAUCCAGAUGAUGAAGCUUGUGUUGGUGAAGUGGGCUUAUUCCCGCUGUUCCUGGGAGCAACUGAAAGAUUGCUUAAUGCUGAUCAUGAGAAAGUUUACUACAAGGGAAUGCCAAUGUAUAAGGGAAUGCGCCUCAGGAGACAUGGUGAUGUCCUUAAGAGAACUGUUGGAGGCUAUCUUAUAGUCGAGGGCAGGGCUGAUGAUACUAUGAAUCUUGGAGGCAUUAAGACAAGUUCUAUUGAGAUUGAACGCAUAUGUGACCGAGCUGAUGAAGGCAUCAUGGAGACUGCUGCCAUCAGUGUAACACCACCAGAUGGUGGCCCUGAACUACUGGCAAUAUUUGCAGUUCUAAAGCAAGGAUUUGAUCACCAGCCAGAUAAGUUGAAGACAAUAUUCUCAAAAGCCAUUCAAAGGAACCUCAACCCUUUGUUCAAGGUGAGCUUUGUUAAGAUAGUCCCGGAGUUCCCCCGAACUGCUUCAAACAAAUUAUUGAGAAGAGUUUUGAGGGAUCAGGUGAAAGAAGAAAUCUCAGUUCGAAGUCGAAUUUAAUGCAACAUCAGCAGUUCCUUAAUUAAAGCUGUAUCUCUGUCUGUAAUCGAAUUUGAUGCAAAACGAAAAUGAUGGUUUUCGCUUGAAUAGUCUUGUCAUGGUAUAACACGUUCCGUAUGUUUCUUCUUGUUCAUAAAUAAUACGCAUGCAUUUAU